AUGAGUUACCUGACCGCCCCACGAUCGAGACCUGGGCACUCCGCGACAUCGCCCUCCCCGCUCCGCCAGACCUCCACAGCUUCCAAUGGCUCCUCAAAUCACUCCACUCAGUACCCCCCGAGCCGGUCAAGCACGCAAUCGAGUAAUACAUCCAGCGGCUUCGGCUCGAUAUCGCACCGUCGCGGGCUGAGUGAGGCCACAGCCCUCUCGCGCCCGCGAACAGAAGACUACUUCGGAUCGGGCGAGACUGACCCAUCAGACACCUACUCAAGCAUGCGAAAAGCGCUACGACCACUGCAGCAGGCACCAUCGAACCCGUCGUCGCCCGAGAAACAGAGCCCAUCGUCUCCCGAUAAGUUUAUGAGACCGACGACGCCAGUAUAUCCGCCAUCGCCCGAAAAGCUACUACGUCCAGCGACCUUCUCGAACCCGCCAUCACCAGAAAAGCUACUACGCCCCGCGAGUACUAGCCCGGUACGAAGUAGUAGCCACCUGCGAUCACAUAGCGUUGAGAAUCUCUACUCCCCAUUCGAUGGCUCCGUCUCGCCGACAGCCAAACCGCGCCCUCUCUCGCUAGCAGUGUCACGAAACGAUUCCGUGCGCGCGCCUACCCGCGAUCACUCCGCCCGGCCGCUGUCGGUUCACCUGGAACGACCGGAACUUAAGAGCUUCCAGAAGUCCUCCACGGGACAUCUGCGGACCCUCUCCAAGUUCGCCGAAGCUGGAAGCGAUGAGGACUUCGCCAUCAAGUCCCCAGAGCAACAAGUCGUGGGUCUCAAUGGGCGGAGGAGGCUGCAGCGGACGGACCCAGCACGACAAAAGGCGGCAUCCUCAUGGGGAAGUCGAAACUGGAUGGACCAACAACGUCAGUUUUUGCAGGCAUAUGAAUAUCUCUGUCAUAUCGGAGAAGCCAAGGAGUGGAUGGAAGACAUUCUUGAGAACGACCUCCCGCCAGUUGUCGAACUGGAGGAGGCACUGCGAAACGGUAUCACACUAGCAGAAAUCGUCCAGUCGAUCAAGGGACAACCAUUGCGUAUAUUCCGCGAUCCGAAGUUGCAAUACCGCCACUCCAACAACUACGCGCACUUCUUCAAGUUCCUUUCCGAGGUCGAGCUGCCCGAUCUGUUCCGCUUCGAACUAGUCGAUCUAUACGAAAAGAAGAACGUGCCAAAGGUCAUCUACUGCAUCCACGCGCUCUCAUGGCUCUUGUUUCGGAAAGGUAUCGUUGAUUUCCGCAUCGGCAACUUGGUCGGUAAACUCCAAUUCGAGGACCACGAACUAGAGGCUACACAAAAGGGUCUGGACAAGUCUGGUGUUAGUAUGCCCAACUUUUCUGGCAUGCAAGCGAACUUCCAAGUUGAGCCGGAACCAGAGCCAGAGCCAGAGCCAGUGGAGUCCGAAGAAGACCGGAUCGAUCGAGAACUGGCUGAGAAUGAGGACAUCAUACUAGAUCUGCAGGCACAAAUGCGUGGUGCUCUCGUUAGAAUACGUCUCGGAAUGCUGAUGGAGGAGCUUUGGGAUCACGAACACCUUAUUGUAGACCUGCAGGCACGCAUUCGUGGCGACUGGGCUCGACAGAUUGCCACCUACCGCAUGGACAUGAAACGUUUCGCAGUCACUCUGCAGGGCGCUGCGAGAGGAUUCCUGGUCCGAUCGAGGCUCCAAGGUGAGGAGCAGUAUUGGCAUGCCAACGAAGCCCAGGUGUUGAAGGUGCAGAAUCUGUUCAGGGGACGCAAGGCCAGGGCACAAGUACAGUACACCAAGUCCAAAAUCGAGCGACAUGAACACGGCAUACGGCAGUUUCAAGCGGCGAUCCGAGGAGCACUCGAACGACUACGCGUCUCCGACCGGUACGAACAAACCCGGGAUACCGAACCCUCUGUUAUGCAUGUGCAGGCUAUGAUUCGUGGAGCCCUUGUACGUGCGAAAGUCGACCGAGAGUGGACAGAGCUACGAGAGAACGAACCCCAGGUUGCGCAGCUUCAAGCCGUCUCGAGGGCAAUGCUUGUCCGCCAAUCCAUGCGUGCCGACCAGGAAGGUCUUCGUCAACAUGAGUCUAUGAUCACCCUAUUGCAGUCUACUGCACGAGGUCUCCUUGCUAGAAACAAGGAAGCCGCGCAGCAAAAGAAGCUGGUAAGCACGAAUGUUAAUUGGUGUGGUCUUCAAUCCCAAGUUCGCGGCAAUGUCUUGAGAAAUUCUGUCAAUCAGAUCCAGCAGUUCCUUUACGCCGAAGAACCUCAGAUUACCGAUUUACAAGCUGUCGCAAGAGGUGCAAAGAUGCGCGCAGAAGUUACCGAUAUCCUUACGCAUCUGCACGAGGAAGAAGGCAACGUUCUCUCAAUUCAGUCAUAUAUUCGCGGUUUCCUUUCGCGGCAGAAGCACUUCUCUGAUCUCAAGGCACUCAAGGCACAAGAACCGACGAUCCUGGAUCUCCAAUCAGCCUGCCGAGGCUUUAUGCAACGUCAACGAACGUACGAGACGCUCUGCGAGCUCAACGCGCAAGAGCCCGAGACAGUCGACCUUCAGGCUGUAGCGCGUGGUAUGCUGGUCAGGAUGAAGAUCGGUAUGCAGCUCGGUCAAGUAGAAGAGCAUGAAGACGCCAUUGUCGAGCUACAGACCUUGGCACGUGGCUUGAUGAUUCGUCAGAAGUUUGCAGAGAAGCAGCAGUUCUACAAGGAGAACAUGGAGAAAGUCAUCAAGGUGCAGAGCUUCAUUCGUGGUCGUCAACAAGGUGAAGCCUACAAGAGCUUGACCAGCGGCACCAACCCUCCCGUAUCGACCGUCAAGAACUUUGUGCAUCUUCUCAACGACAACGACAUUGACUUUGAUGAAGAGAUCGAGUUUGAACGUCUGCGCAAGACUGUAGUACAGCAUGUGCGCCAGAACGAGCUCGCUGAACAAUACGUCGACCAGCUUGACAUCAAGAUUGCGCUACUUGUAAAGAACAAGAUCACUCUUGAUGAGGUCGUCAAGCACCAGAAGCACUUCGGAGGCAACGUCGGAACCCUACUCAGCAGCAAGGACAUCUCAUCAAAAGACCCCUUCGAUCUCAAAGCACUCAACAAAAACUCGCGCCGGAAGCUGGAACAAUACCAGGAACUCUUCUUUGUUCUCCAGACGCAACCUCAGUACAUGGCAAGGCUCUUCAGACGCAUCCGUGAACGGAGUCUUGCCGAGGGUGAUAGUAAGCGCAUCGAGCAGUUGACCAUGAGCAUGUUCGGACUGGCUCAGAAGCGUAGGGAAGAGUACUGGUUGUUGAAGUUGAUCACAAGAUCGCUGAAAGAAGAGAUUGAGGGUUGUGCGACGCUCCACGAGUACCUUCGUGGCAACUUCUUCUGGGGGAAAUUGUUCGCCAAUUACAUCAGAUCACCACGAGACCGCAAGUUCCUCAAGGAUGUUCUUGGGUCAGUCAUCCUCGAGAACAUCAUCGAAAACGAGCAUCUGGACCUGGAGAGCGACCCCAUGCAGAUUUACCGUUCCGCCAUCAACAAUGAGGAGCUCCGAACCGGCCAGAGGAGUCACCGCGAUCCGAACGUCUCGCGAGAUGUAGCCCUCAAGGACCCCGAAACACGUGGUACUUUCAUCCACAACCUUCAAGACCUUCGCGAUGUUGCGGAUCAAUACUUCACAAUGUUCGAGGAAGUCCUGCACCGGAUGCCUUAUGGUGUGCGAUAUAUCGCACAGCAAAUGUUCGAAGAGCUACGUUUGAAGUUCCCCUACGAAGCACAAGAGCAGCUUCUGCAAAUCACCGGCCACUGGGUAUGGAAGGCUUACAUCCAACCUGCCCUGUUGCAACCUCAACACUGGGGUGUGGUGGACCGCGGUCUAUCGCCAGUCAUGAACAGGAACCUUGGGGCCGUUGCUAAGGUUCUCAGUCAAAUCGCCUGUGGUAAGCUGUUUGGCGGUGAAGAUCUUUACCUACAGCCUCUCAACAGCUACAUCACGGAAGCUAUCGAUCGCCUGCAAGACAUCUGGUCGAACAUGAUCAACGUCCGUGCCGCUGAAGCUCAGUUCGAGAUUGACGAGUUCAACGAUCUGUUUGCAAGGACCAAGCCAACACUCUACAUCAAGCUCGCAGAUGUAUUCGCCAUUCACAACCUCGUCAUCGACGACCUACCAAGUUUAUGUCCCUCGCAGGACGAUCCACUCCGCGAGAUUGUUCGUGAGCUCGGUAGCGCUAAGAACAACGAGAACGAGCUUUUGCACGUCAGCUCCAGUGAAAUCACCUUGACGCUAAACCCCAAGUACCAUGAGCAAGAGGAUCCCGACUCUGCAAUCAAAUCACUCUUCAUGGAGACGAAGCGUUACAUACUUUACAUCAUCCGCAUCCAGACCGGCGCCAACCUCACCGAAAUCAUAACCAAGCCGAUCACCCCUGAUGACGAAGCCCGCUGGGACGCUCUAGUCAAUGAAGAAAUCAUCGCACAACGAAAAGAUCGUUCACGGAAACAGAGCAACGUAGUCCGCUCUUCCGCCGCAUCAACCUACACACAAGACAUGGGAGCCAACUCCGUGCUCGAUCUCGACUACCCCACACUCAAGCAAUAUUGCCUGGAGAACAUGGUGCAACUCCAACGCGCAGGCCGCAUCUCCCACACCAACAACUAUCAAGACCUCCUCAACGCCAUCGCAGUCGACAUCCGCACCAAGCACCGGCGCCGCAUCCAACGCGCCAAAGAGUUGGAGGGUGUGCGCACUACCCUCGCCGCUCUCGACGAAAAAGCGCAUUUCCUUGAAUCCCAACUCAAAUCCUACAACGACUACAUCGAACAAGCAAUGGUUACCCUGCAAUCCAAAAAGGGAAAGAAGAAAUUCUUACUCCCCUUCACCCGUCAGUACAACCACCAGCGUGAACUCAAGAACAGCGGUCGCGAAUACCGGUUUGGGUCUUUCAAGUACUCUGCCCGUAACCUCGCUGAGAAGGGUAUCCUAAUCUCUUGGUCUGGAUACCAUGAGCGCCAGUGGGACAGGCUUGAUAUCACCAUUUCGAGCAACCAGACUGGUAUCUUUGAGAUUCAGGGGUCUCAGGGUAGUAUGAUGAUUCCUGGAGCAUUUGCUGAGGUGCCACUUGAUGGGUUGCUACAGGCGCAGUUUGAUAAUCAUCAGUUUAUGAAUUUGUUUGGGGAGGGAGCCAAGGCUGGGGAUGGUGUGGCGAGGGUUAACGUUAAUCUGUUUUUGCAUUUGAUCUUUAAGAAGUUUUACAGGGAUGAGUAA